AUGAGGAAUGUCUGGCAGAAACUAAAAAGAGUGAAGCAGGCUAUGAAGGUUUUAAACAAUAAUAAAUAUAAUUCUAUUGGUGAUCGGAUCAAGGUAUGCAGGCAAAGACUAAUUGCUUUACAAGAACAAAUGAAGGAUCCCGGUCAAUCUGAGGCCCUAGUAGCUGAUGAAAAAGAAAUGCAAGUACAGUUGGAGAAAUGGUUAGGGGUGGAGGAAAGUAUUAUGAAGAAGAAGUCAAGAGUAAAAUGGUUAAAGCUAGGUGAUGCCAAUACAACAUAUUUCUUUGCAAGUAUGAAAAACAGAUGCAGCCAGAAGAAAAUCAGAAGACUAGUAAAGUAUAAUGGGGAUACAAUGCAAACAAGGCAGGGAAUUGAGGAGGAAGUGACAGGGUUCUACCAACAACUAUUAAGUUCCUCAGCAAAUGUGUUACCUGCUAUUAAUCCAGCUGUCAUGAGAGAUGGUCCUAUGGUGAACAGAGUGCAACAAAUGCAACUGAUAACAGAGAAAGCUUGGCCUGCAAUAGGAGACACAAUUACAGAUGCAGUAAUGGAGUUCUUCUCAAGUUCAACUAUGUACCAGCCUAUAAAUUGUACAACAGUAACAUUUGUACCUAAGGUCAUAACUAAUAGAUUACAAGGAGUGAUGGAUGGGUUGGUGGAUAAAAGUCAGUCAGCUUUUGUUCCUAGGAGACUGAUAAAUGACAACAUAAUAUUUAGUCAUGAGUUAGUUAAAGGGUAUGGCUUGAAAGGUAUUUCUCUUAGAUGCAUGAUGAAAAUGGAUAUGAAGAAGGCUUAUGACUUAGUUGAAUGGGGCUAUUUAGAGCAGGCAUCAGGGCUAGUGGCAAAUGCUGAUAAAAGCUCCAUAUUUUUUGGUGGAGUGCAUAAUGACAAGCAACAGGAGAUUUUACAAGUUCUAGAUUUUGUCAAAGGAACAUUACCAGUUAGAUACUUGGGAGUGCCUCUCAGCUCUAAGAGAUUAUCAUUGAUUCAGUGUCAGCCUCUACUUGAAAAGAUGCUAGGGAGAAUUCGAUCUUGGACAUCAAAGCUCAUGUCCUAUGCAGGAAGAGUUCAGUUAAUUAAGAGUGUGCUAUUCUCUAUUCAAGUGUUCUGGUCUCAGGUGUUUUUGUUGCCAAAAAAACUGAUUCAGCUUAUUGAAAGAAUGUGUCAAACAUUUCUAUGGACUGGGGGUGUGGAAGUAUCAAAGAAAGCUUUAUUGUCAUGGGAAAGUUUGUGUAAGCCUAAAGCAGCAGGUGGCUUAAAUUUUCUUGAUGUAGAGGCCUGGAAUAAGUACAAGAAACAGAAUUCACUGUGGACAAUUCAGCCAAAGCAAGCUUCAUGGAUGGUACAGAAGAUCCUGAAAGCCAAAAAAUACUUUGAGGAAGCUGGCUAUACAGAGGAGGAUGUAGAGGGAAUAAGAAGUUUCUCCAUUAAGACUAUGUAUGUGAAGAUUCAAGGUGAAUUUGCUAGAGUGUCAUGGAGAAAACUGGUGUUUAACAAUGCUGGGUUGCCAAAGUGGAUCUUUCCAGUAUUCCUAUCGGCACAUCGAAGGCUACUGACUAAAGACAGAUUGAGGGGAUGGGGCUAUGUGGAAGAUGCAACCUGUUCAUUAUGUAAUACUGAGGAGGAAACCAUUGAUCACUUGUUCUUUAGCUGUCCUUAUUCUUCAAGAGUAGUCUGUACCAUGUAUGGCAAGAGAGGAAUGGCAGAAUUUUCAAAGGAGAACAGCGAUCAGUAG